GCAUGGCUUUCGCUUAUCAGCUUCACUCUUGCUAUGCUUAUUUGCUGCUGCCAUGGUUCCUCUGAUAACAGACAGGUUUACAUUGUUUAUAUGGGGAACCUGCCAAAGGGCGAGGUUUCAAUUUCAAGUCUUCACACUAGUAUGCUUCAACAAGUUCUUCCCAGCAAUAUUGUUGGAUCAGAUGUUUUGCUCUACAGCUACCACAGGAGUUUCAAUGGCUUUGCUGCCAAAUUGACCAAAGAUGAAGCAGAAAAACUGAAAGAAAAAGAUGGGGUGGUAUCAGUUUUCCUUAGCCAAAAGAGGCAGCUUCACACAUCAAGGUCAUGGGACUUUAUGGGAUUCAACAGAAAAGUCAAAAGAACUGUCUUCGAAAGUGACAUCAUCAUCGGGAUGCUUGACACCGGGAUUUGGCCGGAAUCUCAAAGCUUUAAUGACACCGAAUUCGGUGCAAUUCCAGCAAAAUGGAAAGGCACUUGCCAAACCUCAGCCAAUUUCACUUGCAACAGGAAAAUAAUUGGAGCUAAGUAUUAUAAAGCGGAUGGAGAUUUUGAUCCAUCUGAAUAUAAAUCUCCAAGAGAUUCGGAAGGUCAUGGGAGUCAUACUUCAUCAACAGCUGCAGGUGGCUUAGUUAGCAAGGCAAGCUUAUACGGGCUAGCCAAAGGGACGGCUCGUGGUGGGGUGCCAUCGGCCCGCAUUGCGGUUUACAAGAUUUGUUGGUCCAUUGGUUGUGAUGACGUAGACAUUCUUGCAGCGUUUGAUGAUGCGAUAGCCGAUGGCGUCGACAUAAUCUCCCUUUCUGUGGGGAGUUUCUUCUCGUCGGAGUAUUUUGAUGAUACGAUUGCUAUCGGAGCUUUCCAUUCGAUGAAAAAUGGUAUCUUGACAUCGAAUUCUGCCGGUAAUAGUGGUCCUAGUUUGUCAACAAUUACAAACUUUUCGCCUUGGUCUUUAUCAGUGGCUGCUAGUACCAUUGAUAGAAAGUUUGUCACUAGGAUCAAGCUCGGGAAUGGCGAGAUCUAUGAGGGAACCUCCAUAAACACAUUCGAUCUAAAGGGAAAAAUGUACCCAUUCAUAGCUGGUGCAGCUGCCCCAAACACCUCACAAGGUUAUACAUCCGACGAUUCAAGGUUUUGCGGUCCAGGAACAUUGGACGAAACAUUAGUGAAAGGCAAAAUCGUUUUCUGCGACUAUACAACCUACAUCGAAGGUCCGGUCGAAGCUGGUGCGGUUGGGGUAGUGGUUCAAAGUGGAAGAUACAAAGAUUAUGCGUUCACUUACGGUUUACCACUUUCGAAUUUGAACUUGAAUGAUGGAAGGAAUGUUCUCAACUACGUGAACUUGACAGAGAACCCAACUGCAACCAUAUUCAAGACUACUGUUGAAGAUGAUCAAUUCGCUCCGUUUGUUGUUACGUUUUCAUCAAGAGGCCCUAACCCUGCUACACCUGACAUCCUCAAGCCUGAUCUUACAGCACCUGGGGUUGACAUUUUAGCAGCAUGGUCUGAAGCCGUCCCAUUGACAGAUACCGAAGAUGAUACAAGAAUUGUUACUUACAACAUUGUUUCAGGCACAUCCAUGUCAUGUCCCCAUGCAACUGGUGCAGCCGCUUAUGUUAAAUCAUUUCAUCCAACAUGGUCCCCUGCUGCCAUUAAAUCUGCCCUAAUGACAACAGCUUUUCCGAUGAGUUCCGAGAACAACCUCGAAGCCGAAUUCGCAUAUGGUGCAGGACAUAUAAACCCUGCACAAGCAGCCCAACCAGGAUUGGUAUACGAUGCCGGCGAGAUCGAUUAUGUUAAAUUUUUGUGUGGACAAGGAUAUACCCCUAAACAACUCAAGCUCAUAACCGAAAGUAACUUCACUUGUUCAGAAGGAACAAACGGAACGGUGUGGGAUCUAAACUAUCCUUCUUUCACAUUAUCUACAAGUCCCGGAAAUUCAAUCAUUCGAGUCUUUCAUCGGACGGUGACGAACGUUGGGUCGCCAGUGUCAACUUACAAGGCGGUUGUUAAUGCUUCACCGGGUCUCAUAAUUCAGGUUCAACCAAGUGUACUUUCUUUCAAAUCUCUUGGCCAAAAGCUCACAUUUGUUGUGACAGUGGGAGCUGAAAUUGGAAAUUCAAUGAUCUCCAGUUCAUUGAUUUGGGAUGAUGGAGUGCAUCAAGUGAGAAGCCCUAUUGUUGCUUAUGCUUCCUUAGUGGAAUGA